GCCAAUUUGUCAACUUUCUCCGAAAAUGUCCACCCGGUUGUCAACAGCGUGUUGUGACCGACACAGCCGAACAUAUCGCAUAUUCACAGAUAUACAUUUGGUGACCAGGGGCUCUAGUGGAUACGCAUGGCCCAGGAGACACAGCAUAUCUCAGCACCCCGAACCCAGUACCUCGCGGGUCCUCACUGACGCUGCAAGUGCCACUUGUGUCUGCCCCUUUUCUGUGAAUCGAAACCCGAAAGCAACACUCCCCCUUGGCCCAUUCCGACAUUAUUCCUUCUCUUCGGACUCUAGCCUCGCCCAGUCGAGCACAAAAAAGACCAAAAAGCGGAUAGCACGCCAGGUGACUUCUGCCUCCUUUCGCCCUCGACGCCACUCUUCCAGAACAACACAUCAUUAAUUUUCUUGUCUUGUCUUUCCUACACGACUCUUGGAAACAUGGCCCACCCCUAUCACCCUCUUGCCAGCCCGUGGGCGCACGCCGCCGUCUGCUGCGACCAGGACCACGGCGGCUCGUCCUCCCAAUCCCAUCAUCACCCCCACCCACCCAUCACUCCCCUCGGCCAAAACUGUUCAACACAUCACCACCAUUUGAACGAAUCCUCAGAGUGUACCUCUGACUGCCACUUCGAUACGUUUUGUUGCAGCGGCGACUAUUGCUGUGACCAGCAUGUGCAUCUUGAAGGAGGCGACGGGAAGAACGGAGAAGGGGUCAAACACGAGGAGACUCUGGGAAAGCCCAGUUCAGCGAGCGGAGAUAAACGUAUGAGCGAGGUGCAGACUGCUCAAACGCUAGAGGAAUGGGCAGGGACGCCAGAAGGGUGCGAUGCUAUACAACAGCUGAUCGAAUGCUGCAAUCAACCCGACUGUAACAUGCCCGUCUGCCCCACUGAGAACAGCGCCGUUCACCCCCCACCCCUCGACCCGCUCGCCGCUAUCUUCUCCGUGGACAACCAAGUCCAGCCGAUCGCCUCAGCCUCGUCCACCGCCGACGGGUCGAUACCACCUUCGCACAUUUGCCACUGGGGCAACUGUCAUCUUGUCUUUGGCUCCAUGCCUGAUCUUCUUGCCCAUGUCGCGGCGGACCAUCUGAGUGCUUGGAAUUCGGCGCAGAGGCCAGAUCAGCUUUUACUCCAGGCGCAGCAGGCGCAACAGCAAGUACAAUCUUCUCACUUGCCCACAGUUCCCCCUCCGUCGCCGUCGCCACAUCAUCAGCACCAGCAUCAGCUUGCGCAGACUGCCAAACUGCAGCAGGACUAUCAGCGGCAGCUCGAGUCAUUACGUGCGACGCCUGCCAUUGCGCAAGACCCGUUGCUGUCUUGUAUGUGGGAUGAUUGUUUUCCAGUCACCGAUAUACCUGCAUCCCUCACCAGUGUCUUUCACAAUCCCAUCCAUCCGCCACACCCUCCCCCCCAGGCUGGGCCCGAUCAUGUUCACCCGAACGGCGAGCCCUUCAGCCCUGGUACCAUACUUCGACAUGUGCUCGAGGAGCAUCUUGGUAUCCCACCGGAUAUAGUGGGAUGGCCGACAGAGCAUGAUUUGCAGAACCAACACCCGCCUAAGCAUCACCACCAUCACCAUAUCGAUCCUCGCGAGGCGCAACUGUACCAUUCCAAUAAUUGCAGUCACGUCCAUCCUCAUCCCCAUCACGCUUCUGACACCCGUCACGGCCUCCCCACUCCUCCCUCCACCGUCGACACAGACCCUUCCGCGUCUCCCCCAUCUCCAAAUCUGAAUCUUCCCGGCAAGCCUCUCAUCUGUCUCUGGCCGGGGUGUCUUCACCCGCAAUCGUUUCCGGAUACGUCCUCACUCAUGGACCACCUUUCCGAAGAGCAUAUCCCCAAAGGACGAGACGCCUACACUUGUCACUGGGACGGGUGCGGCGGCGAAGAGGGGCGAGUGUUCAAGAGUCGGCAAAAGGUAUUGAGGCACUUGCAAAGUCAUAUCGGACACAAACCUUUUGUCUGUGGGGUCUGUCAGCAGAGUUUUAGUGAAGCGGCUCCGUUGACGGCGCAUAUGCGGAGACAUGCUCAAGAGAAGCCAUUCAAGUGCGAGCAUCCAGGAUGUGGCAAGAGCUUUGCCAUCUCUUCAUCGCUGACAAUCCACAUGAGAACCCAUAACGGCGAGAAGCCUUUCGUAUGCCCUCACUGUGACAAGGGUUUCGUCGAAGCUUCCAACCUUACCAAGCACAUUCGUACUCAUACCGGCGAACGUCCAUUCGCUUGCGCACAUCCCGGCUGCGGCAAGAAGUUUUCGAGACCCGACCAACUCAAACGACAUAUGAUUGUGCACAACAGGGCUCCGGGCGAGAAGAGGAAGGGUAGUGGGGUACCGGCGAAAGGGUAGUGGCUUGUUCAGAUUUGAAGUGGAGACCAGGCAUCUGACCUGGGAGAGUCGUUCAAUCAGGGAAUUGUGAAGUAGAGAGUUGUUAGGGCAAAAUAGGAAGCUGGUAGUAUGGCUGGUAAGCCAAAGGUUGUGAGCUGUUGUCUAUACAUUUACGUUGUAGAUUGCGAAGCAUAUACGCGCGUCUUGAGAGCCAAGUGGCUCUGCUGUAUAUCCCACUUAUGCACUCUCAAACAAAUAUAUGUACACUCAUCA